UAGGCCACACUCAUGGAAGAAGGGCAUUCACACUGCAAACUCUCGAAGCCUUCGCUUCAGCACCUAGACAGUGGCAGGCAAGACUCUUCCUCUUUUCAUCAUGACCAGCAGGUGCAUCCUCCAAACUGCACUCCUGGUGUCUUUCUCCACCACGGUUCUUGCCGUGAACUACGACUUGCUUCAAUUCCAACUAAGCAGCAGCAGUGUGGAGUACCAGGAGCUCCUUCUGCAGUUGAAUGGAACUUCUAAAGAUUGCCUCAAGGACAGAAUGAACUUCAAGAUCCCUGAGGAGAUUGAGAAAUCCCAACAGUUCCAGAAGGAGGACAUCAUAUUGAUCACCCUUGAGAUGGUCCGGAAGACCUCUGAUAUUUUCAGGAGAAAUCUCUCGAGCACAGGAUGGAAUGAGACCAUUGUUGAGGACCUCCUUGCGACACUCCACAGGCAGAAGGAAUAUCUGGAGGAAAUCAUGGAGGAGGGAAACUUCACCUGGGACCACAGGACCCUUCUGCACCUGAAGAGAUACUAUCUAAGGAUUGUGCAGUACCUGAAGGCCAAGGAGUACAGCAUCUGUGCCUGGAUAAUAGUGCAAGCAGAAAUCCUCAGGAGCUUUUUCUUCCUUGAUAAACUUACGGAUUAUCUCCUAAACUGAAGAUCUCUCAGCCUGUGCCUCUGGGAAUGGACGAUGUUGACAAGGAUUUCAGGCAUUCUUCAACUCCCAGAGGCUC